AGGAAGAGGAAGAGGAGGAACGUGGGAGGUCCGAGUGGCGGCAGAUUCGAAUUUGCCCUUUGAGUCGCUGUUUGGCGUCAGUUCAGCAACGACCGAUUUGCCAUCGUCAGGAGUUGGUUCCUGUGGGCGCUCUCACUCGGGAAGAAGAUCUUCUGACAGGUGGAAACAGGAGCAUCGCAGCCACGACUACAGUUACCCAAGGAUAAGUGCUUCAAAAAUAGAAGCAUGGAAAGAACUACUUUGCAACUGGGAUGAAGCUAGUACAUCUUGCACAAAUAAGAUUCGUGUUCUCCUGGAAGAAGGUGUCCCUCUCCAACUGCGCUGCUUUGUGUGGAAAUGUUUACUGGGCAGUGACCUGUGUAAAGAAACCAAUGCCAUGACUUAUCAGGACUAUGUGUACGAGAUUCGCAAUCAGCUGGAUGAUCUCGGUGUGAACGGGUAUGGAGUCCGUCAGGCUAUUUCUGCUCUGUGUAAUGCUGACUAUCAGAGAGGGAAAACACAAAGCAGAGUUCAACUCCAUCUACAGAAUCUGGAGUCUGACCAAAACCCAAAGGUUCACAUUGACGUCUUGAGACAGAUUGUUCUGGAUGUUGAAAGAUCCUUUCCCACUCACUGCUCUCUGAUGGGUGAAAAUCCUGAAGCUAAAGAGGGACAAGCAAAGCUUUUCAGGAUCCUGUCAGCAUAUGCCAAGCACAAUCCCCAAAUCGGCUACUGCCAAGGGAUGUCCUACAUAGCUGCCAUGCUGCUAAUCAACAUGCCAGAAGAGGAUGCUUUUUGGGCUCUGGUGGUCCUGCUGGAGAAGCCGAAGUAUCUUGCUGGAUUUUAUGAACACUCUCUGGAUACAAUUCAGAGGCACGCCAAGAUCUUUCAACAACUGCUCAAGCAUCGUAUGCCUAAACUCUGGCAGCACAUGGAACAUUUGGAGGUGGCACCAUUGCUGUUUAUAACCACUUGGUUUCUGACACUCUUUACAUCCUUGCCUUGCUGGGAUUCAGUCCUGGCUGUGUGGGACUUCAUCAUUCUCGAUGGUAUUAUUGUAAUAUACAACACUGGGCUGUGUAUCCUGAAGUUGUUGGAGCCCAGGCUACUGGUUAUGGCAGAUGUAUCCCCGCUCCUUCCCACAUUACUCCGGAUCCCUAUCGACAUCUCCCGGUAUAAUGUUCUGGUGCCAGCCUUGUGGAAGAGCAAAGUGCACAAAUGGGAACUGGAUUGCAUGCAGAGUGUUGUUCUUGAAGAGGAGGAAGAACGAUUCUUUUCAGGAAAGCACAUGAGGCAAGUGUCCAACACACAGAAGGCAGCAGGAGGCAACAGGAAGAAUGCAAUGAAGGAAAAGGGAAUGCCUGGAGAGAGAUCAAUGCCAAAAGCAGUAACAGGAGCCAAACAACAGGACACAUUUAGGAAUACACUUGCCAAGAUGCUGAACACAGCACGGUGCUACCUUCAAGACUUGGGCCACUUACCCAAAAGCCCUGAACAAAACCUGUCCCCUGACAGAAGCCAGACUGCUCAUAGCUUUUCAACACAAAGUUCAUUGGCCAUCAACAGCAAAGGACAGGCAAGAAUCAGAAGAAACUCUCCGAACAGUUUUAAAGGGAUGAGAAAUAAAGCCAAACUCCAAGUAGUAAAACGGUUGAGGCGAGACACCAUUCAGUCAACCGUGGAUUUGGAUAAGGAUGUGGGAGAUAGCUGCCAAAGUUCUAAUUCUAAGCACACACAGACCAAGCCGGGGAGGAAAGAAGACAACAAAAGGGAAGUUCAACACUGUAAAUCAAUGACUCCAAGACUUCUUCAAGAUGAGACUCCACAUCCAUCGGCGAGAGUGUAUCCAGCUAAGAAUGCAAGGUGUGAACCAGCAGCUGCACGACAUGACUCACCUUCUGGUUCAUCGCCCCUUCAGGCCAG